AUGUUCAACCUGCUUUCUGCGCCGGCGACCGUGCCUCCAUCUCCGGCGACUGUUGCAACGGACGUUUUCUGGGAGGAUCCCGCUUCUUCUCCAUCCCUAUUUGAUUUUUCCGGUGAGACUCCAUUAACUCGGAGCCCCAGAAUGCUCAGGUAGUUUCAGAAAAUAGUAGAAAAGGAGUCCGGAAAGCUUCAAAAUCCAUGUUCAACAUAUCCAAAUAUGCAAAACCUACCAUGUUCUGCAAUGUAUCAAAUCUUGGGAGAUCAUCAGUUGUAAAUUUGCAAUCAAAACCCAUCUCCACCACCCCCGUCCCAACUCAUCAGCACAUUGCCCAUCUCAUACUUGAACAGAAAUCAGCGUCCCAAGCCCUUCAAACCUUCAGAUGGGCCUCAAAUCUCCCCAAUUUCAUCCACAAUCAGUCGACCUACAGAGCUUUGAUCCACAAACUCUGCUCCUUCCGUCGCUUUGAAACUGUAAAGGAAGUGCUCGACGAAAUGCCCAGCUCAAUUGGGUCUCCCCCAGAUGAGAGUAUUUUUGUCACAAUUGUGCGAGGCCUAGGACGUGCCCGAAUGGUUAGACAAAUGAUUAAAGUGCUUGAUUUGAUUACUAAGUUUGGAGAGAACCCGUCUUUGAAGAUUUUCAAUUCCAUACUCGAUGUUCUUGUUAAGGAAGAUAUUGAUUUAGCUAGGGAGUUUUAUAGGAAGAAGAUGAUGAUGAAUGGUGUUUCAGGUGAUGAUUAUACUUUUGGGAUUUUGAUGAAGGGGCUGUGCUUGACGAAUAGAAUAGGUGAUGCCUUUAAGCUUCUGCAAGUGAUGAAAUCACGGGGUAAAACACCAAAUACUGUGAUAUACAAUACAAUGAUUCACGCCCUUUGCAAGAAUGGGAAGGUUGGGAGGGCUAGGAGCUUGAUGAAUGAGAUGGUGGAGCCCAGUGAUGUUACCUUCAAUGUUUUGAUAUCCGCUUAUUGUCAAGAAGAGAAUUUAGUUCAAGCUCUUGUGCUGUUGGAGAAGAGUUUCUCUAUGGGGUUUGUUCCUGAUGUUGUUACAGCAACUAAGGUGGUGGGAAUUCUCUGCAAAGAAGGCCGAGUCACAGAGGGUGUAGAGGUUUUGGAAAGAGUGGAGAGCAUGGGUGGUGUGGUCGAUGUGGUGGCUUAUAACACCCUAAUUAAGGGCUUUUGUAUGCUAGGCAAAGCAAAAGUUGGGCAUCGUGUUUUGAAGGAUAUGGAGAUUAAGGGUUGUCUUCCAAAUGUAGACACAUACAAUAUUCUGGCAUCUGGGUAUUGUGAUUCUGGGAUGUUGGAUUCAGCCAUUGACCUGUUUAAUGACAUGAAAACUGAUGGAAUCAACUGGAAUUUCAUGACAUAUGAUACAUUAAUUAGAGGUCUGUGUUCAGGAGGAAGGAUGGAAGAUGGAUUCAAGAUUUUGGAACUAAUGGAGGAAAGUAGAGGUGGAGCUGGGGGCCGUAUUAGUCCUUAUAAUAGUAUAAUAUACGGAUUGUAUAAGAAAAACCAAUUUGAGGAAGCACUUGAAUUUCUAACCAAGAUGGAGAAAUUAUUUCCUAGAGCUGUUGACAGGAGCUUAAGGAUUUUAGGUUUCUGCAAUGAGGGCAGUAUUGGGGAUGCAAAGAGGGUUUAUGAUCAGAUGAUCAAGGAAGGGGGUGUUCCAAGUGUCCUUGUUUAUGUCUGCCUAAUUCAUGGAUUUUGCCAAGAUGGGAAUGUGCGGGAGGCAUUUGAACUAAUAAAUGAGAUGGUGGAUCAUGGUUAUUUUCCCACAGCACCAACUUUUAAUGCUCUGAUUAGUGCAUUUUGUAGGCAAGGAAAAGUUGGGAGUGCUUUAAAGCUCAUGGAAGACAUGGUUGGGAGAGGUUGCUUGCCUGAUAUGGGAAGUUAUAGUCCUAUGGUUGAUGCGCUUUGUAACAAAGGGGAUUUCCAAAAGGCUGUUAGGCUUUUUCUGCAAAUGGUAGAAAAAGGCAUUCUCCCUGAUUAUUCUACAUGGAACUCGAUGCUUCUUUGCUUGACACAAGAAACAGUGUGGUUAGAAGGCAAUAAUUUGUUUCAUGUAAAUAACUUAUUGUAUUCAAUUUUGGAGGGUUAAAUCAUUGGUGAAGGAUUUUGCA